AUGGGAUCCAGAAAUUACACAGAAGAAGAGUUACUGAGAAUUUUAGAGGAAAGUGACGAGGGCGAUUUCAGUGAUGGAAGUGACGAACUAUUUGUGUCGGAUGAAGAUGUUGGGGAUGAAAGCGGAGACGAGUCAAUAGGCAAUAUUGAAAGAGUAGUAUCAAAAUCAAGCACACAAGAAUUGUCGCCGAUAAGAGAAUGUUUUUAUGGUAUUCCAGAAGAAAAUUUUUUGGAAGUUGACAAUGAACGUGCUCAGCCAGAGGCGAUAACAGUGAUAAUAUAG